AUGGAUACCAACGCAUCCAAACCCCGACGUGCUUGCGAUACAUUCGAAAAGUUCAAAGCCAAAAAAAGUCAGCAACGUGCAACAUUCUUUCGUGGAAAAACAAAAAAUACUGCCCAAAAAGACAAAGAUGUGAUAAUCAAUAUCGGGGUUAUGAAGUAUGACCGUUAUUGUGCAGAUUCCUCAACUGCCUAUACGCCAAUGAGGGGAAAAUCAUUGCCGCUGAAAAUAAACAAAGACGCAAAUUACGCUCAACUUUUGAUAGCAGCAUUGACAAAAAGAAAGGCAUAUGAUCAGUCGUUCAAUGAAAAGCUGGACUGGGAUAUUGUGUACCCAGAUGGACAAAGUGCGUCAAGUUUACCAGGGCAACCUGAUACACCUUUUUGCCUUAGUACCUAUAAGGAGGAUCUUGGAAAGAAUUAUUCCAGAAUAGCUUUAUAUCUCUGCACAGAAAAUUCAGAUGAAAACAAUGAGUGUCGAGGAAGAUACAUUCGAUCGUAUUGGUAUGUCAUGUAGUGAUGGCAAGGAAUCACAGUCAAAUGAGUCAAUCGAUAUGGAAAGUAGAGAAGAAAUGGGAAACAACAAGUAAGUUAUUCCUUAUUUUCCAAAUAUAGAAUUCAUAAGUCCCUAUAAAGUCCAAACCUUCUUGUAAUAUCCCAUCUGUCAAUGGAAACCCUUGAAUGGUUGUCAAGUUGUCAUGUAAGCAUACAGGGGUUGGGAGGGGGGGGGGGGUCAGCAGCCUCCAUUUUGUCAGUAAGUGUCAUGUAUGAUAUUAAUGGUAAAUAAACAAAUCUGCAAAUUGUAUUAUUCUUACACUUACCUACACAGGCACACAACAUUCAAGAUAUUAUCAUUUGUAUUCUUAUGAACAAAAUUUUAUGUUUUGGCUUUGGGUAGGAUAUUUAAUUAAACUCUGACUAAACUAAAGCUAUUGUACACUGUAUCCUGUGUCGCUGCAAGAAGCACAUUUCUUUCAUUAUUAUCAUAAUUGUUUUAAUUAAGGAGUGAAGUUAGUCACGUGAGCACAAGUGUGGACAGAGAUUCGUCCAACACAGUUAUAUCUGUCCAAGGAAUGUCACCAACGAAUCAUGGAGGACCAAGCACAUCAACAACGACCCCAACUGGAGAUUUUGAUUGGUUGUACGCAUCAUGGUUGUGUGAUGAGGUAGAUCUUGCUGGUUAUGAAAGCAUGAGUGAUGUGGAAAUGGAAGUAGGCCCAAAUGACGAGUCUUCCAAUUCCCAGCAUUCCACUGUGUCACUACCUGAUAUACUUAAAGAACUAUCCAGUGUUAUUAAUUUAGAUUCAAUAUCAAAAUUCAACAUUAGUCGCAGCCAU